UGCUGCCUGCUGAAAGAAAGCCCUUCUAAACUUCUAUUCAUCUUCAUAACUCUGCUCGUGAAUGCUCAGUACAGCUCCACCAUGCUGCAUUGCUCUAACCCCGAUUCGCCUUCAAUGCUGGAAGCCCUUAAGCCAAUCUUCAACCUGAACACCAUUCGACCUGUGGUGAACAUAACAACCGUCACUAACGUUGGCAUUUCUUUAACUGUGUUUGGGAUAUUGGGAGUGAAUGAGAAAGCGCAACUCCUCAAAACAUAUCUCUGGCAAGAUGUUACAUGGGAAAAUGAAUUUACCAAGUGGGACCCAGAAGAGUGUGGAACUAGUCGGAUGUCUGUUCCAAGGACAAAUCUCUGGGUACCAGAUAUUAUAAUCAAUGAAUUCAUGGAUGAAAACACAGCUCCAAAGGUGCAAUAUGCCUACCUGCUUUCUAAUGGUACUGUGAGUGAUUCGCAGCCUAUCAAAGCUGUCACCUCCUGCAAGCUUGACAUCUACUUGUUUCCAUUUGACAUUCAGAACUGUACUUUAUCAUUCAACUCAUACACACUCAAGAGUAGUGCUGUGCAGCUUUACCUGACAGGGACUCCAGAGAAGAUGUUUGAAUACUCUAAAUCAAAGAUGGCAACUAUGGGUGAAUGGGAAUUAAUUGGAAUUGCAGCAGAGAAAUACACAACAGCAUCUAGAUCUUACGAUGAAAUUCGCUUCUAUAUCUCGUUGCGGCGCCACGCCAUGCUGUACGUAGCGAACCUCCUGCUCCCCAGCUGCUUCCUCAUCACUGUGGACCUCUUCAGCUUCAUCUUACCUCCCAAUGAUGCUGACCGGUCUUCAUUCAAGAUGACACUAAUCCUGGGCUACACCGUCUUCCUGCUCCUAAUGAAUGACCUGCUGCCUGUCACUGGAAAUGCCAUACCUCUCAUAAAUGUUUUCCUGUCUAUGUGCCUGGCUAUGAUGGUGGCUAGUCUACUGGAAACUAUCGUCAUUACAAACUUCCUCUGUGGUUCCUCUCACUAUUCUCGAGCUCCUCGCUGGAUCAGAGUGCUUGUUCUUAAAAUCCUGGGUCGACUAGUAUGCCUUCCUCCAAAGCCCAGAGAUCGAAACGACACAGUGAUCCAAAAUCCGGUCACAACAGCGUCCUCUCCAGUGACAGAGGAAUCCAAGACUCUGGAGCAGAAGGGGCCACUGAGUGAGGACAAAACCCUGCAAGAGCUGAGGAGCCUGGGCAGAGUCCUCCAGGCCAUCCGCCUUCAGGUGGAGCAGCAUCUGAGCAAAAGCCUGAGCACAGAGGAAUGGAUCCAGAUAGGUUUAAUCAUAGACCGCCUGCUGUUCAUCCUUUACAUCAUCUUCAUAACAGUCAGCUUCAUUACCAUCAUCAUUAUCUGGGUGGUUUCAUACAAUGCAGCCUAAUUUAACUUUUUAGCUUGUCUGUUCUUUAAACUUUUUGCAUUAACUCUUAGUUUUCAAAUAAUAUUUAACAUCACACCCACAAUGAGACAGUGAAAGCAAAACUGAACAUAACACACAUGGGAUAAGAGACUUUCAAAAUAAAUUAGAAAGUAACAAACAAUGAGACCAGGACUAAGACAAAUGAACUUGACAGAACUAAAUGGAGACUUGGGAGGCAGAAAGGUAGACAAACAUGGAAUCAAAACUGACUUUCAAAAGAAACGCUGAGGACGAGACACAGACAAGACUGGGAGGAGAACUAACAUAAUUUCACAAAGAACUAAUUAUUGGAAGCACAUGAAAUAACACCAGAAACAAAACACCA